AUGUUCGGCAUGAAUUACAAAGAUCCACCUGAUCCAGCUAACAAAAAUCUAUACGAAGAUGAUCUGGAAGCUGAUAUUGGAGCUAAACGAAGAGGAAGAAGAGCUGAAGAAAAGAAAUAUCUGAAUUCGAAAUCAAUUGCUGAUGGAUCCAAAGUUGUUCUUCGAGCUGGAAUACGUGAAGUAAUCAAGUCGAAUUAUGGGAAAGAAAACAAUGAUCCGCAAUUUAUAAAAUCAGAACUGGAUGCGUUUGAUAAGGUGAUUGCCGAACAGAAAAGAAUGGAUGAAGAAAAAGGAUUUGUGUUGCUCCAAGUAACUUCAGAUAUGGUUAAAGGAUUCAAUUCUUCUAAGAAUUCGGUGGUUGGGUUAUCUCCUUCGCCUCCUGUAAUUCAAGCGAGCAUGGAAACGAAAGCUGGCACUGUAACUGGGUCAAACAUUGGAAUUUCAAUUGGAACGAAGAUUGAAAAAGGAAAUUUGGUUGAUGAGUCGAAAUAUACCAAGGGCUUCAUUGCUUCGAAGAUAAUGAAGACUGGUUCGUCUUCUUCAGGCCCUGGUUCCAUAAUUGAAACAAAUGAUGGGAAGGGCAUUUUGGGAAAAUUCCCUGUUUCGCAAGAUGUUCCAGUUAUAACAGGUAAUCCUUUGGUCUUUGAAGCUAAUCCUAUUGCUCCAAUUAGUUGUCUUACUAAUUGUAAUGAUGAAGAUAUGAAAGAUUCUAUUAAUGAGAAUGGAAUUUGGAAGUUGAUCCUGGAAAUAAUAUGA